CCCUCAAAAGCAGCAGACUGGGCCAUCCUCGCAUCAGAAGAGACGGCCGACAUCUUUUGGAAGAUUCAAGAUCUUGAAUAGACCUUGUCGACGCAUCUGCAGCCUCGGGCCAUAUCCCUAACCGAAUCGGCCGGAGAGUAUCUCGAUCAUGGCAGACCCGUACGACACAGACAUGGCCGACAAGAUGGCCGAGCUGCCGCUACGGCAGGCGCUGACAAGCCUCCAUUACGCCUAUCCGACUACCGUCUUCGUUUAUUACAUCCUCACGUCCACAAUCGCCGUUUGCACCCUGCAGACUAAGUCCGCGGAACAGGCUCACCCGCGUCGGCGCGCCAUCACAUGGCUCCUCACGUUUGUGGUCUUGACCUACUUCGCCCAGCUCAUUGCCCUGGGAAUACAGGGCCUCGUCAGGAACAUGUUCCCUCUCGCCGAUCAGGAUACCAUCAUAGGCCUCAUGUCGUGCGCCUUGGCCUUCGGGGUCGUGUUCGCCGGGCUCUCGGACGCAGAGAAGCCGGUCUGGUACCCGUACAUUGGAUCUUUGGGCUUGGCGCUGGUUUUCGAACCCGUCGUAGAAACCCUGUCGCUGAUGGCGCGGCCUACGGAGCCUCUCAGCUUCGUCGGUUUCUUUGACAUAUCGACCGUCGCUGCCAGGUAUCUCGCUCUCGUCCUGGCUGUGACCUUUUACUUUGAAGGGACCCGCAGCGCCCGUCACGAGAAAGGAUCGGACUCUGAGCGGCAGAGUCUUCUCAAGGCGAACGGCGAUGCCAACCACCAUGAUUCUUCCGAUUCAGAUGACCACUCCGCGAAAACGCAGCAGAACGGAUAUGGAGCGACCUCGGAUGCUUCAACCGACAGCAACCAGUCUUCUUCCUCGUCGUCGUCCUCCUCCUCUUCCGAGAGCGGCGACGACGAAACCCCAUAUGAGAGACGCCAACGCCAAGCUAGCGAGCAGAUGGAGAAGAGGCUCAAGGAAAAGGGGAACUGGGUCACAUAUGCGAAGAGCUUCCUCGUCUUUUUCCCUUACAUCUGGCCCGUAAACCAACGCUCGCUCCAGGUCCGUGUCGUGCUUGUGGGCUUCUGUCUGCUUGCCAUGAACUUCGUCAAUGUGCUCAUUCCGCGCCAGCUGGGCUUCAUCAUGGACAGUCUCUCCGGUGAGAACAGCAAGAACCCCUGGACCCAAGUUCUCAUCUUCGCCGGUCUCAAGCUGGUGGCUUCCGAGGCCGGUCUCUCGCUUCUGCGUCAGUGGCUCUGGAUCCCUGUCGAGUUCUAUUCCUUCGAUGCCAUCAGCACCGCCGCCUAUUCCCAUGUUCUCAACCUAUCGUCCGACUUCCACGACUCAAAGAGCUCGUCCGACAUCAUGAUGGCCAUUUCUUGCGGCCAGAGCAUCUCCAAUCUUCUGGAGUCGAUCUGCUUCCGAGCCGUCCCCAUGCUCAUCGACAUGACGGUUGCCUUCUUGUACCUCUCCGCGACCUUUGGGCCGUACGAGGGCUUCAUCACGAUUGCCACUGCUGCAGUCUUCAUGUACAUUGCCACACGGAUGAUCGCGGCGCUCAAGACGGCUCGCAGGAACGAGGUGGGCGCCUGGUACAAGGAGCACUACGUCCGACAGGCUGGAAUCCAGGGCUGGGCGACGGUCGCUAGCUUCAAUCAGAUCGGACACGAAGAGGACCGCUAUGCUGUGGCGGUCAAGGAUCGCGUGGCUAAGACGCAGAAGGUUUACUUUGGCUACGUGUUGGCCUACGCCUUUCAGUUCCUGGUGCUGCUCUCCGGACUCCUCGCCGGAGCCUUCUUGGCCGUCUACCAAGUCACUCAUAAGCAAGCUACUGCCGGUCAGUUUAUCAUGCUGCUGACAUACUGGGCACAACUGGUUUCUCCUCUUACCUUUUUUGCCGGCCUGGGUAAGAGCAUCUCGAGGGAUCUGCUCCAAGCCGAGCAGCUUCUGGAGAUCAUGCAGACCAAGCCGAGCGUUCUCAGCAAGGAGGGAGCGCCGCCGUUGCAGUUUACAGCAGGAGAAGUAAAGUUCAACAACGUCUGCUUUUCGUACGACAAGAAGAAAGACAUCCUGAAGGACAUCAACUUCACCGCGACGCCAGGCAUGACGGUGGCGUUUGUCGGAGCUACAGGCGCCGGCAAGUCCACUAUACUGAAGCUGUUGGAUCGCUUCUACGACGUCACAAAGGGCUCCAUUGAGAUCGACGGGCAGGAUAUUCGAGAUGUCGAUCUUUACAGUCUUCGUGCGCAGAUUGGAGUCGUACCCCAAGCCCCUAUCUUGUUCGACGACACCGUCAUGAACAAUGUGCGCUACGCCAAACUCACUGCGACUGACGAGGAGGUUUAUGAGGCUUGCAAGGCCGCCAGCAUCCACGACCAGAUCUUAUCUUUCACGGACGGCUACCAAACCCGAGUUGGAGAACGGGGAGUCAAGCUUUCAGGAGGCGAGUUGCAGCGAGUGGCAAUUGCGCGAGCCAUUCUAAAGCGGCCUUCGAUUGUUCUGCUUGAUGAGGCCACCAGUGCAGUGGAUACGGAGACAGAGCAGAAGAUCCAAGAAGCUCUGCGUAUCCUCUGUGAGGGCCGUACGACCUUCAUCGUAGCACAUCGCCUGUCCACCAUCAUGAACGCUGACCGUAUUAUCGUUGUUACCGGAGGAGAGAUUGUCGAGCAAGGCAGCCACGAAGACUUGAUUCGCGCGGAUGGCAAGUAUGCAGAGCUCUGGUCCAAGCAAAUAUUUGUCAAACCCAAAGAUAAGGGACCACGCGAGGACAACAAGCCCGCUGCCAAAGGGCGGAAAACCCCAAAUAUUCUUAACGACCUGAGCGCCGAGGCCACCAGCUCAGAGCUGGCCAAGGUCAAGUCGACUCCCACAACAAAAGGCGAAGCUGUCGAUGGCCAGACCCGGCAUUCUACCAACGGCACCGCAACAAAACAGCAAAACGGCCAGUCGGACACAUCGGGGCAGACCGGCAAGAAAGAGGUAUGAGCGACGAGAAACUCCGAAGCAUGAUAUGUAUAUGUAUUAUUAUCCAACAACAUACACCACAUAUUACAUACAUACUCCGGCCGUUUCUUCCCUCAGUCUCC